UCGUUCCCUACACUCAGGCCAGCUUGUCUCUCCUGAUGACCUUGCAGGGGCCCUGUGCUCUAGCUGAGCUGAUAGCUCCCUUAUCCUUCCCACGCUGGAGAAACUUUAACUCUCACAAGCUGCAAGCGUGCUAUCUUCUCUCCUCAGAAGUCCAUCUAUCUCCAUUAGAAAGGGGGAGAAAAAAAAAAAGAUGCCCCCAUGUAUCAUAAACUGCCAGAGAAUUUCACUCUCUCCUUUCCCCUGCCCCAGAAGCUUCUAGGAAAGAGAGGAGGGCGAGGCUUAGCCCCCCAAGCCCCAACAUCAUUGGUUGAUAACUAUCUCAGACAGCAAAUUUUCAUACAACUGAGACCAGGCUGUUCUAAGGGACCCCAGUGAGUGGAAGGGUCUUCUACUGGACCACCUUCUGAGAUCCAGUUGCCAUCUGUAUCCAGGGAGCCCUCCUCUUCCUCCUCCUGCUGACUCUCUACCACCACCGUUGCUGACUGUUGCUAAGGUUGCCUCCAUGGUAACAUGCUCAUCCUGUUUACACCUCCAUCUGGCCAAGUCAGUCUAAGCUAGGAACUUACCUGCCCUGGACAGCUACUUCCAGCCCCAUCCCCUUCCAGGGGGGACACCACUCAACGUGACACAAAGUCCAUCUUCUACUCAGCUCCCCCGUCCUCUUCCUCCUUCCCCUGUCAGGCUUCAGAAGAAAGGAUCUAGAUUUGGGGUUUCUCCUCUGACACUUCCUGAACAAGCUAUAGUCCGUCUGUUUUAUAACUGGGCCCCCGGAAAAAAAGGAAGAAACAGAAAGAAGUGGGGACAAGAACACAGGUGACACUGGCCAGUUGAAAAGAACGCCUCACAUCUUCUCUGGUUGAGGGACUGGUAACUGCAGGCAAAAUGACGAGCUCGUCAGGACAAAGCGUGCCGACCAGCUUGGCAACUGAGGGCCAUGAUGGGGAAUUUGGCUGUACGUUGAUGGAACUGAGGAAGCUCAUGGAACUACGUUCAACGGAUGCCCUGAACCAUAUCAAUGUCCGCUAUGGAAACGUCUCCAAUCUCUGCGCUAAACUGAAAACCUCUCCUGUGGACGGUCUAUCAGGGAACCCUGCAGACCUGGAGAAACGUAGACGUGUGUUUGGAAAGAACUUGAUCCCUCCAAAAAAGCCCAAAACCUUCUUAGAAUUAGUGUGGGAAGCGCUUCAAGAUGUCACACUCAUCAUCCUGGAGAUCGCAGCCAUCAUCUCGCUGGUCCUGUCCUUCUAUCGCCCCCCUAGUGGACAAAAUGAAGCCUGUGGUGAAGCCGUUGCCAGCCCAGAAGAUUCGGAGGAGGCAGAAACUGGCUGGAUCGAGGGAGCGGCCAUCCUGGCCUCGGUGAUUAUCGUGGUGUUAGUGACCGCCUUCAACGACUGGAGCAAAGAGAAGCAAUUUCGGGGGCUACAGAGCCGCAUUGAACAGGAGCAAAAGUUCUCCAUUAUCCGGAAUGGGCAGCUCAUCCAGCUGCCUGUGGCUGAGAUCGUGGUGGGGGAUAUUGCCCAGGUCAAGUACGGUGACCUGCUUCCAGCAGAUGGGGUGCUGAUCCAGGGGAACGAUCUGAAGAUAGACGAGAGCUCUCUGACAGGAGAAUCGGACCAUGUCAAGAAGACACUGGAGAAAGACCCCAUGUUGCUUUCAGGGACCCACGUAAUGGAAGGUUCUGGCCGAAUGGUAGUAACUGCUGUCGGGAUCAACUCCCAGACAGGAAUCAUCUUCACCCUCUUAGGGGCCAGCGAUGAUGAGGACUUAGAGGAGGAGAAGAAGAAGAAAGGUAAAAAACAAGGAGUCUCUGAAAAUCGCAACAAAGCAAAGACCCAGGAUGGGGUAGCUUUGGAAAUCCAACCACUCAACAGCCAGGAGGGGGUGGACAAUGAGGAGAAGGAGAAGAAGGUAACCAAGGUGACCAAGAAGGAGAAGUCGGUGCUGCAGGGCAAGCUCACGCGCCUGGCCGUGCAGAUCGGGAAAGCCGGCCUGCUCAUGUCUGCUAUCACAGUCCUCAUCCUGAUUCUGUACUUUGUGGUCGACAACUUCAUAAUCCAGGGCAGGGCAUGGCUCCGUGAGUGCACGCCCAUCUACAUCCAGUACUUUGUCAAGUUCUUCAUCAUCGGCGUCACCGUACUGGUGGUCGCUGUGCCAGAGGGACUGCCCUUGGCUGUCACCAUCUCUUUGGCCUAUUCUGUGAAGAAAAUGAUGAAGGACAAUAACCUGGUGAGACACCUGGAUGCUUGCGAGACCAUGGGCAACGCCACAGCUAUUUGCUCUGACAAGACUGGCACACUGACCAUGAAUCGCAUGACGGUGGUACAAGUCUAUGUUGGGGAGACCCACUACCGUCACAUCCCAAGCCCUGAUAUCAUUGUGCCCAGGGUCCUGGACCUUAUUGCCAAUGGCAUUUCCAUCAACAGUGCUUAUACCUCCAAGAUUCUGCCUCCUGAGAAGGAGGGAGGCCUCCCACGGCAGGUGGGCAACAACGAGUGUGCCCUGCUGGGCUUCGUCACGGAUCUGAAGCAGGAUUACCAGGCCAUACGCAAUGAGGUGCCCGAGCAGACGCUGUACAAGGUGUACACCUUCAACUCCGUGCGCAAGUCCAUGAGCACCGUCAUCAGGAAGCCCGAGGGGGGCUUCCGCAUGUUCAGCAAGGGCGCCUCUGAGAUCAUCCUGCGCAAGUGUAAUAGAAUCUUUGAUAAGAAAGGAGAAGCGGUGCCAUUCAGGAGCAAGGACCGAGAUGACAUGGUCCACAGUGUUAUUGAGCCCAUGGCCAGCGAGGGACUCCGGACCAUCUGCAUAGCUUACCGGGAUUUCGAUGAUGGAGAGCCCUUGUGGGAGAACGAGAAUGAUAUCCUCACGGAGCUGACCUGUAUCGCCGUGGUGGGCAUUGAGGACCCUGUGCGCCCAGAGGUACCAGAAGCUAUUGCCAAAUGCAAACGAGCUGGCAUUACUGUCCGAAUGGUGACGGGUGACAAUGUCAACACUGCUCGGGCCAUUGCCACCAAAUGUGGCAUCCUGACACCUGGAGACGACUUCUUGUGCUUAGAAGGCAAAGAAUUCAAUAGGCUCAUCCGCAAUGAGAAGGGAGAUGUGGAGCAAGACAAACUGGACAAGAUCUGGCCUAAGCUUCGGGUACUAGCACGCUCUUCUCCCACGGACAAACACACCCUGGUGAAAGGCAUCAUUGACAGCACUGUUGGGGAGCAGCGGCAGGUGGUGGCUGUCACUGGCGAUGGCACGAACGAUGGGCCCGCUCUAAAGAAAGCCGACGUUGGUUUUGCCAUGGGUAUCGCAGGCACAGAUGUGGCCAAGGAGGCCUCAGACAUCAUCCUGACCGAUGACAACUUCACCAGCAUCGUGAAGGCCGUGAUGUGGGGACGAAACGUCUACGACAGCAUCUCCAAGUUCCUGCAGUUCCAGCUCACGGUCAACGUGGUGGCGGUCAUCGUGGCCUUCACUGGAGCCUGCAUCACCCAGGACUCGCCGCUGAAAGCCGUGCAGAUGUUGUGGGUUAAUCUAAUUAUGGACACGUUUGCUUCGCUGGCCCUGGCCACAGAGCCCCCUACAGAGUCCCUGCUGAAGCGUCGCCCCUACGGCCGAAAUAAGCCCCUGAUCUCUCGCACUAUGAUGAAGAACAUCUUGGGGCACGCGGUCUACCAGCUCAUUGUCAUCUUUGUCCUUGUCUUUGCUGGUGAGAAGCUGUUUGACGUGGACAGUGGGAGGAAGGCGCCUCUCCACUCGCCCCCCAGCCAGCAUUACACCAUCGUUUUCAACACCUUCGUGCUGAUGCAGCUCUUCAACGAAAUCAAUUCCCGAAAGAUCCACGGGGAAAAGAACGUCUUCGCGGGCAUCCACCGAAACGCCAUCUUCUGCUCUGUCGUCUUAGGCACGUUUAUUGCCCAGAUUUUCAUCGUGGAAUUUGGGGGUAAGCCCUUCAGUUGUACGAAGCUCAACCUGACGCAGUGGUUGUGGUGUCUGUUCAUCGGGAUUGGAGAGCUUCUGUGGGGCCAGAUCAUCUCUGCCAUACCUACCAAGUCUCUGAAGUUCUUGAAGGAGGCCGGGCAUGGCACUUCCAAUGAGGAGAUGACCAAGGACACAGAGGGCAUGGAAGAGAUUGACCUCGCGGAGAUGGAGCUGCGCCGUGGCCAGAUCCUCUGGUUCCGGGGCCUGAGCCGUAUCCAGACUCAGAUCAGAGUGGUCAAAGUAUUCCAUAAUUCCUUCCACGAAGCCAUUAAACCUAAGAACCAAGAGUCCAUCCACAACUUCAUGAGCACCCCCGAAUUCGCCGCGGAGGAUGAGGCGCCACGAACACCAUUCCUGGAUAUCCAAGAGGAAGAUCUUGAGAAGGGUUCGAAGUCUGGGACCAGGGUGCUCCUGCUGGACGGCGAGGCCUCUCCAAACGCCAACAAAAACAACAAUGCCGUGGACUGCAGCCAAGUACACAUCGUGGCCUCCCGUUUGGACAGCCCUCUCCAAAGCCUGGAGACUUCCGUCUGAACUUCUCAUUGUCUGACUCCCAUCCCUGCUUGGUCUCUAGUUCCUUCUCAUCCAUCCCAUCGAUGGAGGAGACAAUGGGACUUGUCACUGUCAUGUCAGCUGCUCCCGAGUGUGUGAAAACCCCUCACCUGACCACCAAGAAGCAAGCGCACACACCGACAAGGAUUUCAAUUGCACUCUGAGUUGGGGUUUGUAGCAGGACCCAGUCAAACCCCCAGCAGGUAAUGGUAGAAUCCACCUCUUUUGGGUGGAUCACUUGUCACUUUUAAAGAAAUAACAUCAGUCCUCGUGGCCCCUCUCCAACCAAGCUCUUCAUGGUGUUUCUACCUACAUCACCAGCUCCUGACAUCUGGGAUCAAUCCUAAAAGUCUCUGUCAUUUACAAGCUAUAUUGAAGGUGACAGAUCUACACAGAUGAAGUGUGUCCAGGCACAGAUGGAAUGUAUAAAAUCAGCCAGUGGAGUGAUUGUAGUGAAGGAAUUUUGUUCCCAUGUUGAAAACUUACACGUGAAAACGUCUAGCUCUUUCUACCCUUCCACUCAGCCUCUUUUCCAAGUUCUGUUGGUCUGGUGCAACCCUUCCCUCCCUUCACUCUGUUCUUUCAUUGUUGGUUUCUUCCUUUUACUUCUUUUCGUUUUAAGUUGUGAUAAUUAAGAGAAUGGACAGGACGUGGAUGGGUGAGUCCACGGCCAUCCCUCCUGGCUCCUCUGACCCCUUGGACUGGUUCCAGAGGUAAAUCGUUCUCUCUGCCAUAAGGCACGAUUCCCAAUAGGACAGCAAGGGUUCCCUCUUGUUACCAGGUUGGCUUCUAAUUUGAAACUGCCGUCACGUCCGGUGCCAGAGAGACCAGCCUUGACCGUGGGGCUUGCAAAUGUGUGAUCCGUGGGUUUUAUUCCCGUAGGCCUGCCAUUCCUCCCCCUCUGCAGUGAGUUGGAAGCAAAGCUGCUUCCUUGCUGCACUUGGGAGUUUGGGGCCAGAAGCAGGCAGGCCAUCGAGGCGGGACUCCCGUGGGGCCCCCUACUGCUUUCAAAGCCAUCUUCCAUAGCUCUUCUUCUUCACAGAACCUGAUGCCCAGGAGAGCAAGGAAUUGAGAAACCUUGGGUAAAACCAGAGAGCCAUUCCAGCAGGACCUGAGCAGACCGCCCCACAGGUCCCAGAAACCCCGAGCUUAGGUGCUUGGGUACCAGCUCCGACAUUCCUCCCACUUCUCCUAGUUCUCCCCUUCACUGUGUGUCCCAGGACAUCUUCAUGAGGACGCUUCCAGCCUCCCAAAGAUACUCUGCUUUGGAAAAUACAAAGGGAGAGGCCUGGGUGACCUCGUGCUGACCUCAGGCAAAGACCCCACUCCCUACCCCCCCACCCCAUCCUCCACGAGCUCUUAUCCCCCACUCUGACAGUUGCCCAGGGAAACCCCGUGCCUCCCCCUCACCCCCACCCCUGCCUCUCGGGAGCUGAGGACUUGGCUAGGAGACCUUGCAAGCGUUCCUGACUCCAGGACAGGGUCGAGCCCCGUCCACCUUCACAGGAGCACCCCUUUGGGUUUGGUUUGUUCCUUCAUCGCACUGAUGCUGAAUGGCGCUCUCCUGUCCCCAGGUCCCCCAUCUCCCAUGAGCUCAGUGAGGCACAGCCCAUCCCCGCAGCCCAGAGCAAGGGCAGCGCCUGAGGCUCCUUAAGAACUACCAGCUUCCCCUUUGGGAGAGGAAGGUGACCUGGGCCUGUCUACUCCAGCCCUUUCUCCUGCCCCUUCUCCAUCACCCCUACACCCAUUGGUAAGAAACAGGAAGCCCACUGUGAGGUGGGCUUUGUCACGGUCACCUGCUUCAGCGAUCUGCUCUCUGUCUUAAAUACUCAUGGCGAGGGGAAAAGCAGCUCACCCGGGCAUUCCGCGUUCACACGUGUGUUUAUUAAGUACAUUGGAAGAUUGGAUUCUGUCAAGUCUUAUUACCUCAGAUCAUUUAAAGAAAAAAAAAAAAAAAAAGCAAGCCAAUAGCAAGCUUCCAAGGCGGUUUUUACCAUUUCUGCUCCCAGAACACCCUCGCAGAGCCCGCCGGGCUACUCCUCACAGCUUGGGUCUACUUUUCUCCAGUCAACGGUUUUGUGUGUAUGUGUGCGUGCAUGUGUGUGUGUGUCCUAGUUUCUAUCGUAAGAGAAAAAAAUAUAGAAAUAUUAUGCAAAAACAUAUAGUUUACUUUAGCUCAGAAACUGAUACUUUUGAGUCAGCCAUAUGUAUUUUGUUUAAAGGAUUUAGAAUAAAAUACUGUCAUUGCAUACCACGUAGCCUUGUGGUAGGGAACGUUGGACAGGAUAGGUGACUUUUGUUAGUAUAUUUGUCAUUGGUUUAAAAGCCAAGACACCACACUUCUUUUCUCCCAAACAGCCAUCUUUAUACUUAGGGGGAAACAUUUUGUUAGGUUCUAGACUUUUUUUUAAUAUAAAUUUUGUUGCUAUGAGGUUGAGUCAAUUUGUGUUUCUAUGCAUAUGUUGUUUUUUUAAUAUAUAGUUGGGUGUUGAUGUUGUUUUCUAUUCAGUAUCAGUGAUCCAACUAGUGGUGAGUGAAUACAGCAUAAGUUAAAUAAUGCUUUUCCCCAAAAUGGUGCUUUGGAUUUGCAGGGUCCAGUGGGAGAGAUGGGGGAGAUAUCCUAGGUCCCUUGCUUGAUGAACCUAGAAAAAAACAGGGAGUGAAGGACUGGUAGGAAGGGAACAUGGACCAAGAAAGUUGACAGCAGUCAGGAACUGGAUGUGUUGUCUCAACCCCCUGGAGAUAGAUUCCCAGACUUUUUAGUAAACAGUGGUUAGUAUCGGGGGCAUUGUGUUUAGAUUUAUGUUUCUUAAACAACUAGCAGGAAGACGGGUACUAAAGACAUUCUUUCUGGAUCUUCAAGGAUACUCUGAUCUUGGAUUUGCAUUUGUUUUUUAUGGUUCUUGCACUUCCUGUUCCUCUUAGACUUUUCCAUUCAUGAGUUUUUGUGCAAGAAUCUGGUCUGUGAUUCCUUCCCUCCCCUAGGAAGGUUUUGUGCAAUUACAUUAGAUGGACAACAGAGUUAGGGGGGUGGGGGGGAGGGGACAAUGUCUGGUUCCAGUCUCCAGUCCUGGGUGAUCAUCUCAGGACAAGGUCUUGCCCUUAGGUGAUUCCCCAACCCCAGCGGUGUUAAGAGCAAGACCAUCCAGAGACCCCUUUGGGCACUAUGGGUUUUUCAAGGUUUGGGUUUCCUCUUCUCUUCCAACUUUGGCGGGGGGGGGGGGGGGAUUUGUACAGAUAAAUCCAAGUGAUUUCCUUUACUGCCAAGAACCCAGAGGGACACAAACCCUCUUAACGCACCGCCCUCUUUCCUGCUUCCCUUGCCUUAUGAUCCAAGCCACCCAUGGUACCAUCGCAGUGCGCGCGCAUGCUUGUUCACCUUUCUUGUCUCGGUAGCACCCCACUGCACCGGUGACGGUGGGCAUUAUAAAUACCUGCUCUGAUUCUUAAGCCAUUCCAGCCUCUUCCUCAGAAUAGACCAGACCUCUUCCACUUAAUUCAGUGCCAGAAUUUUUGCCUUCCCAACUCAGCAGUUAGGCUUGCCCAUCUCCUUUCCUCUGGAUUCAGAGAGGCAGAGGGAGAUGAGCUCCCCGCCACUGAACUGGCCCUUGCUAUUCUGCCCAUAUGUAUAUAUGCCAUAUGUGGAUUUGUCUAUGCCAUAUAUAUGUGCCAACAAAUCGAUCUACGUUGUUCUUUUCAGAUUAGCACGCAGAUAGGAAUCUUGAGUUUCUUCUUCUCUUCGGUAACUAAUAUAAUAAGCACUGGUAUUUUUGUACAAAAAAAUAAGAAGCCAAAAAAAAAAACCCAGCCUCAGAAGAUUGACUCCUGUGGUCCGCAUGGCAAAUGGUGAUAACAGAGUAGUGCGUAUCCUUGUGUGUGUGGCCGUCAUUCGCAGCUCAGCUUAACAGGGCGCCCAACCUGUAUUUGCAUUUUGAUAUUAUUUAAGCUCUGUGUACAAUGUUUUUGCAUGUAUUUAUAUGGUUCUUAGGGCAAAUCUGAAAUUCUAAUGUGCUGUUCCACUGAGACAGAAGAAGAGGAGUUUUCAAAGGGAUACCUUUUUUUUUUUUUUCGAACCAAAUAAAGCUUUUUGCUGAUGAGCAGAAACCAAUACUGUCAUGCACUGAGAAUAAAAGCCCAUGUCCACGUGA